UGGUCCCCAGCCGCGCUGGUGCGGCAGGAGGAAGCGCCGUUUCCGGUAAUGAGCGACUGACUGCUGACAAACCCCGACGACAAACCCGCUGCUUUCGGCAUCUACCGGGCUGAAAUUGUCCGCUCUCAUCCGGGCGGCACGUCAGACGGGUUCCAGCCAAGCGUUCGGCUGGAGAGAGGCGUGAAGCUGCAGCGAAGCCGCGGGGUUUGAGCCUCCCACCGCCGGCAUGGCCCGCGACUACGAUCACCUCUUCAAACUGCUGAUCAUCGGUGACAGCGGUGUUGGAAAGAGCAGUCUUCUCCUGCGCUUCGCAGACAACACUUUUUCAGGUAGUUACAUCACCACUAUAGGAGUCGACUUCAAGAUCCGAACAGUGGAGAUUAAUGGAGAGAAGGUGAAACUGCAGAUAUGGGACACAGCAGGACAAGAGCGAUUCAGAACCAUCACGUCUACGUAUUACAGAGGAACUCAUGGGGUUAUAGUAGUGUAUGACGUCAGCAGCGCUGAAUCCUUUGUCAAUGUCAAGCGAUGGCUGCAUGAAAUAAACCAGAACUGCGAUGACGUCUGUCGAAUACUAGUGGGCAAUAAAAAUGACGAUCCAAACUCUAAGGUUGUGGAGACGAAUGACGCACAGAAGUUUGCUGAGCAGAUGGGCAUCAGCCUGUUUGAGACGAGCGCAAAAGAGAACAUCAACGUGGAGGAGAUGUUUAACUGCAUCACAGAGCUGGUGCUCCGAGCAAAGAAAGAGUCUGUGGCCAAACAGCAGCAACAGCAGCAGAACGAUGUGAUUAAACUCAACAAGAAUAGCAAACGAAAAAAAAAAUGCUGCUAGUGGAUGGACAGAUGUUCCUCUGCACGGCGAUCUGCACACGCAGAUGGACUGUGAUCCUCUCACUUAAGAUUUCACAAAAACACAGUGCGGACGAAUGCAGUCCUUUUUGGACCGAGACAAACCACAGUGACUUUUUAAAAGAAAAUGUACAGAUUUUAUCAGAGUCAAGGAUUUUUAUUUGGAAUUCGUGAUAUUUAAUAAAAGAUCUUCCUUCUUUAUUGAAGGACCAGCAAGCUGACGUGAUCGCCAAACCGUGCAGGUUUCUGUAUGCUUACUCUCUGUAUACUCUACAGUGAUUAUAUAUCUCUAUUAUCCAUCAUCUCAGGAGUAAUUUUUAUUUUCUUCUGUAUUUUGCUUCUCUUUCUGUAUUUUUUUGUGGAAUGCCAUUGUUUUUUUUUGUUUUCUGCAAGAACAAUUUGGGCCUUUUUUCCCCUUUUUUGCAUUUUUAAAUUUUUUUUUUUUUUUUUUUUUUUUUUUUAAUGAAAGAAUACAAUUACAGACAUUUACUCACCAUGGACUCAUAAUGAUGCCAACAACUUUGUUUUUAUUAGUUUAUUUUUAGAUAAUAUCAAUUAGAGAUCAUUCAUGUUUUUUUUUCUCAAGCCUGUUUCAUUGGGUGAAUCUCGCAAAAAAGUAUCUCCAGGUCACAUUAAAAAUGUAUUAUAUUUUGCAUAAAGAAAAUGAAGCCUAUGUUUAGGAUCAAGCACAUUUCAUCCGAAAUUCUCAUUGCCAAUGCAAGAAAUUUGAUGUUUAUAAAUUAUAAAGUAAUUAUACAUCAUGAUAGUAUUUGUUGUACUUCCUUUAACUGAUGCUUGUUUAAAGGCAUUUUUGUAUAAUUCUUUUCUUUUUGCUAUAGUUCAUUAAAAAUUAUUAUAGCGAUAAGAAUUUACUAUGAAUUAAAACAUCUGGGUGUGUUUCAGUAAUGUGCAUUAAAAAGAGCAUUAGCAUUAAUCAUCAUGAAAAUAAAGUUAAUUAAAAAAAAAAAAAAAAAAAAACAAGUCUUAAAGUAGGCUUCAUUUCUUCAUGGAAAAUGUCAUUUCUUUUUGUCCUUUAGAUUAACACGGUCUCAUGAGAUUCACCGCAUUAGUUCAGGCUUCGGGUCUUCAUGAUGUGGACAGCAGAGCUCCUUUGACAUUCACAGAUGUCUUCUGUCGCUUCGGGCUCGUGUUUUUCUGCUUUUGUUUUUCCCGUGAAGAUGAAGAGGAUGAGAGUGGAUGAUGCUGCCAUAAUCUCAGAACAGUCCUUUCCUUGAGUGUUGCCAUACCCCUCCGUAUUAGCCGUUUUGCGGACUCUGGAGUCACAUCUUCGGGUUUGUGAAUGCUUUCAAUCGAAGCUGAUGUUAAGAACAAGAUUUCAUCUUCUGCAUCUCAUGGAAGAGUGACAUUGAUGUGCCAUAUGAGGACGAAUGACGCACAAUCAUCUGGACCCAGAAGACACUGAUACAAGCAAUGUUUAAAAACAUAAUCACCGUGUUUAUGCACAGUUGCAAAGGGUGUAUUGCUAAUAUGAAAUGUAAUAUGUUUUAUAUGUGGAAGGGUGAGGUUAUGUUAACGUGUUUAAGCCAAAGGGGUGAAUCAGAAUCUUGGGUUCAUCCCUAAAUUUCUUGAAUACGCUAUUGACACUUUUACUGAACAGUCUUUAUGGCAGAUCCUCCUUUGCCAUCACUCCGUGUGAUCUUCCAUUGGCGUCUCUAUGGAGGUGAAUCUCACAAAAACAUGACCAUGUCCCAAUUCACCUUAAUAGAAAAAGAUAUUU